CGACGACGACGACGACGACGACGUCGACUCCUGCUGCGCCUCGCUGUCUUUUCUGUCUGUCGUUCGAUUCUAAAAGGGCAUAUCGCUUUCAAGACUCGAGCAUCCUCACGUCUUGCCUGCCCUCCCCUCGACCGACACACUGUUUGCGCCAUGGUCGCGCCCGCAGUACCCGAGAUCUAUGAGGAGGAGGACAUCUACGCCGCCGUCGAUGCUCGCUCGGAAUCCCUCCAGAACCUCCGGGAAUUAGGCCCGCCCGACUUGGUUUAUCUGGUCAAACAACCGAAGACCAGUUCCCAUCGCCAGACCGGAGUCUACCACCAUGUCACCGGUGUCGAUGCUUCGUCCUCCGCCAGCUUGGCCGCCUAUGUCAACACACUCACCUUCUCCCCGUUGGAUAAGACGCACAAGGUGGUUUCGGGGAUCUACUGCUGCUACAAUGCCUUCUCCCACCUGGACAUGCGCGUGGAAGUGAAAAUUCCCGGAAGUCUGGAGAGUUAUUGUAUCGAUGAGCGGGGCGACAAGCGCGUGGCGACGGAGGCGUUGUGGUUGGAGACCUUCCUCUGCGCUAUCCUGAGGGCAUACACCUACGCGGACGAUGGCAGCGGCGAUUCGAUUCGCAAGAUUGUGGGAGUGCGGCGAUUUAACCCGGUGACGAAUACUGAGAUGGAGCACAAGUUCCUGGACGCGGCGGAGAGACUGUUCUUCCUGGGACGACAGCUGAGUUCCGAUCCGGAGACGCAAGUACCCAACACCGUCAGCAACCAUCUGACGUCGGGCCUCCUGAAGUAUAUCCAAACCACUGGGCGCUACACCUCGGGGAUUAACCUGUUCGAGAAGCUCCGCACACGAGACGUGGAAGUGUCGUCACUUCUCGCGAGGGUCCUAAUAAUGGCUGAUGAGGAGGUGCAGGCAGUGCGAUUGAUGUUCGACGCUUUGCAGGACGUACCCAUGGACUACGCGCUGCUGGACUGCCAGGCCGCGUUCUGCCAGGGCAAAGGCGAGGGCGAGAUGGCGUUGGAGUGCGCCAAGCGGGCAGUCACGGCAGCUCCGAGCGAGUUCAGCACGUGGGCUCGGCUGGCGGAGGUGUUCGUCGGACUCGAGCAAUGGGACCUGGCGCUGUUGACGUUGAACUCGUGCCCGAUGUUCACAUACCAAGACAAGGACACCCCGCGCAUGCCGCAACCGACGCGCAUCAUGCUGCCGAUUCUCGCCGAGAGCAUGCUGGAGGAGAUCGACGAGGGACAGCCGCGCCAGGGCGAUCCAGCCGACUACGUGCACCCGUCGUUGCGCCGCCUGCACGCCGCGAGCUACCAGGGCACCUUCCUGAAAGCCUACAACCUACUGACAAAGGUAGCAGCGGCCAUCGGAUGGGACCAGCUGCUGAAGAUCCGCAGCGAAGUGUUCGUCAUGGAGGAAGAGUACCGGGUGGAGCAGCAACACUCGACGUCCAAGCACACGCGGUCGAACACGCGCACCUCGGCGGAGGUCAACGGGGGCGACGGGCAGGAUGACGCCGAGAAGGAAGAAGAGGAGCAUUCAGACUUGGACUCGCAGUCCCCGAACGGUCACAAAGAAGAAGAAGAGCCCGAGAGCUCGAUCGAGAAGCCGGAACAAUCCAUGGCAUCGGAAGUGAUCAAGUCCGGCAGCGAAGACCCGGACCCAAACCACACCGCAUACACGCAAUUCCGCAACAAACGCCUCUGCGAACGAUGGCUAGACAACCUAUUCAUGGUGCUGUACGAAGACCUACGGAUCUACACGAUCUGGCGCACAGAGAUGGCGCAGUACCGGCAGCAGGCGAUGGAGUACAAGAAGUCCGCGACGGAGUGGGAGAUCCUGGGCGAGCUGGCGGAGCGCCUGCACCACUUCGACGAGGCCAUCGAGGCCUACCAGCACUGUUUGACGAUCCGGUUCGCGCCCAAGGCCAUGCGCGGCGUGCUGAAGCUGUACGAGAAGAAGAACGAUACCCGUGGUAUGCUGGGCGCGUUGAUCCGGUUGAUUGCGUGGCAGUAUCGAUGGUAUUCUGAGUUCUCCCCCGAACUCCUCUUCCUCAUCCGCAAACUCAUCGAAGACGAAGGCGCCGUAAAGGUCCGCAGCAUCGUCCAGGCCACGAACCUCCCGCAGCCCGUUCUGGACCUCACGCAUCAGUACUGUCAGCUUUGCGCGACGUUCCGGAGCAGCGGGAGUGAUGGUUAGAGAUGUUCCAUAUCGUAUGGGUCAGGGUCAGUUCGAUGCAAGGAAAAAUGGAUGGUAAAAGAGGUGGGGGUUGGUCGCAGUAAACAAAAAAACACAUCUCAAUUCAGCAGCACAUCAUUGUAUGAAGUAAGAUGAAUUCAAGUGAGGUAGUGGGGUUUCGUUUCUUGUUGAAGUAUUCUUUGCAUCCCGGUGGAUGGAUUGAGGGAGGAUGAGAGGAUGAGGAGGGGAGGGGACGUUCCGUUAUGAUGCAGACCUACGUACCACUAUUGUCUAUUGUCUAUUGUCUAUUCUUCUUAUGAACUAAUUCUUAUGUUUGUUGUGUGG